AUGGCACCUUUAUCUGAUUUUGAAAAGCAAAGACAAGAAAAUAUACAGAGAAAUAAAGAUCUUCUCCGUAAAUUGAACUUAGAUUCGGCAACUGAUUCGAUUUCUCGAGAGAUUCCUAAUCAAAGACAAGCCAAUGGUGCAAAAAAAAGAAAGACCAAUAAUGCAGCAAAGCCGAUUAAAAAGGAGCCUCAGGAGCCAUCCAGGCGGUCACGAAGAUUAGCCGGUGUUACAAUGGAAAAUACUGAGGAAUAUCAAAAGGUUAAGGAAGAAAUGGAGGAAGCUGAACGAAAGAAGAAAGAGUUAGAAAAAUUGAAGCUGACAAGACUAUUUGGCAAUUUCCACUUAAUUGAUCUAGUUACGGACAAAAGACUGGGAGAUAUGAAGUUUGAAAAGAAAGUCCUAAAAUUGCCAAAUGAAAUAAAGAAAGAAGAAAAUAAUACUAAAGAAAUAAAAGAAGAGGAGGAUGACCAUUUACAAGAUGACGAUAUAAAUAUUGAAAGUGAUAAUAAGGUAUUGGAGAUAUUGAAGGACCUCGGCGACAAAUUCUCAGCUGGUGACUUCUACGACUUAAUUCGAAACUCCUCCCUGGAUUAUGAUGAUAAGGGAUUAGAAUCAAAGCGAAACGAAUUUGAUAAUUUGAAAUUGUUUGAACGUUUCGACCCCUUGGAUAUUAAAAUCACCCAUCAGAGAAUCACUGCAAUCAAUUUCCAUCCAUCAAAAACUGAUAGAGUGAUCACUGCAGGUGAUAAAGUAGGCAAUUUAGGCAUAUGGGCGGUUGAUUCAACUGAAGAUGAAGAUCCGGCUAUCACUAUUUUGAAGCCACAUGGUAGGUCUAUCGCCAAAAUACUCACACCUCAUAGUAAUCCUUCAAAGAUUUAUUCAUGUGCUUAUGAUGGUUCCGUAAGAGAGCUUGAUUUGAAUAAACUAGAAUCGUCUGAAGUAAUCUACUUAAAAGAUCCAUAUGAAUCUCAAGACUACCCAUUAGCAGUCUCAGACAUUAAUUUAUGUCAAGAAGGGAACCCAAAUGUCUUAUAUUUAACUACUUUAGGUGGACACUUCUACCAGCAUGAUUUAAGGACUCCGUUCAAAUCUAUCAAACCUAAUUCAUUGUUGAGGUUGCAUGAUAAGAAAAUAGGUUCAUUUUGUAUUAAUCCAAAUUUAUCACAUCAAAUUGCAACCGCAUCAUUAGAUAGAACGUUCAGAAUAUGGGAUUUGCGUAAUAUUAGUAAGUCAAAUAGUAGUUGGUCUGAAUAUGAAGACCAAAUAUCUCCUCACGUUUAUGGCAGCUAUUCAUCCAGACUUUCUGUUUCUUCUGUUGACUGGAACUAUGAAAAUAGGUUGGUGUGUAAUGGAUAUGACGAUACAAUUAAUAUUUUUGAUUUAAGUAGUGAAAGUCUGGAAUUACCACCAGUUACUGAAUGGUCAAAGACGUACCAAACAGGUACGAAAAAUAAAGAUGAACAAAUUCCAACCAAUAUUAAGCCUUUCACCAGAAUCAAGCACAACUGUCAAACUGGUAGAUGGGUCUCCAUUCUCAAAUCUAGAUGGCAGGCUUCCCCUGGUGAUGGGAUUCAAAAAUUUGUUAUUGCAAAUAUGAAUCGUGGAUUAGAUAUUUACGAUCAAAAAGGGCAAAUAUUAGCUCAUUUAACAGAUUCAGAGAAGGUAGGAGCAGUACCAGCAGUCGCAGCCAUGCAUCCAAUAGAAAAUUGGUGUGUUGGAGGGAGCGCUAGUGGUAAGUUAUAUUUAUUCGAAUAG